GAAAUUAUCUAUCGAUCGUCUGUCAUUUAUGCAUAAUGAGCUCACCACCUGCAGUUAACAAAAAAGCUAGUCAAUUUCAAAGCCAAUAAAUAUUGUUUUAAAUUUGACCUUUCAGGUAGGUUCCUGCCACUUUAUAUCGAUUUUCCAACCAAACUCAUAUCGACACAGACCACCAUUUCUAGUGACCUUCUAUAUUUGCUAUAUGUGUAUGUCUGUAGUAAGGUCACGCUACUAAUUGUAAUUCCAACAAAAACAGCUGAAUAAAUAUAUUCACGAAAAACGUGGGAGGAAUGGUGUUAAGAAUUUGAAUAAGGAUCCAAUUAACAAGGGACUCAACUCAUAAGAAACCAACUUCCUCCUCUCGAAAUAUGGCUGUCCAGUGUAUUUGCCGAUAUCCUGGUAUCUUCUUAAUUUCGGCAAGACCACUGUUAAACUUUACUCGAACUUUCCUACAUAAACGUCAACUGACGAAUAUGAAUUUAUCCAAACUUUCCAAGAUUUCGUUGACCAAUGGCAAAGCUGGGAAACUGAUGCAAACCUACGAAGAAUUCAUUGGUUUGUCUGAUGUGAAAGCAGCACAGAGUAAGGUUAUUGAAUCUGAGAAAAAUUUUUUGAAAAUUCAAGAACAGCGCCGCCAAAAAAGUCAUGAACUUUUUGAAAUUCAAAUGAAUCUUCGGAAGAUCAAUGCUGAGCUGGAGAAGAUAAACCGAGCAGAUGAUAAGUACUUGGCAUUGCUAACUCAAGAGCAUGCAAUCAUACAGAGAGAGGCAAACUUAAACAAUGAUUUAAGCGAUCUUGAAAAGCUAGAGAAAGAACAUUUCACAGCUCUAUCAAUAUCAGUACGAGAAAGUCAUGAAAAAGAACGUGCUCAAUCUGAGAAAACCAAAUAUUGGUCUGUUAUUGGUUCCAUUAUUGGUGCCUUGCUAGGCAUCAUUGGUACAACCAUAAACAACAAAAUGAGAAUGAAUGAGUUACGUUCAAUUGUGACCAAAUCUACUGAAGAGGGGCAACAGCAAAGGGCUUUAACAGAGAAGGUAAUUACUGCUUUAAAGAAACAAUUGGCUUCAACAGAGACUUUCAUCUCUGAGUUACAUGGUCUAUUGAAAUCAAAUGUGUUAACUCCAGCAACUCUCUCUAAUAUCGGAGAACAAUUUAUUCAUUACAAUAAGGAACAUGCUAAAGAUUCAAGUGCUGCUUUCUUAACUGGUAGCUCCCAAAAACUGGAGCAGCAAACUGCAGAGUUAUUGACCUGCCUUAAACACCAGGACAAAUUCCUAACAAUUGAACUGUCAGCCAUUAAAGAACUCUUACAAAAAACUCACAUGGAUGUAAACAAAGAUGGCAUUAUCUAUAUUAACCCUGAUAUUGAUCACCAUCUUGAAGACAAUAAUCGGAAACUGGAACAACGCCUGAAAUUGCACUCUUUAGCAACAGUGACUUUCAUUUAUGCAGCAUUUGCUUUAACUCUGCCUGUACUGUAUUCAAUCUUUCGAGGGAACUGAAUCAUCGUGAUUUUUUAGAAAAAAAAAAAAAAUUCAUGGUAUGAAUUUUAUCUGAAUCUGUGAUAGCAAAUUUUGUAUCUACACGACGCCUUCCUGUUUUUUUUUUUUAAAUGAUUUAUUUGUAAUUUCUCAUAGACUUGAGUGAUUUGCUGAUCAUUUAAAUAGUUAUUUUCUUAGACUGAUGUUGAUAUUGCAACAUCAUAACAGCAUCUACUAAGAUAUAAAAUUAACAAAUGAAGUGGGUGUGGGAUUAUAUUGUAUCUUACUUUUCGAUUAGCUAUUGAAAGUUACAUUUUUGUAUAAAUCACUUGAAUGAUUUUUUCAACAAUGAUUGCAUUUUCUGCUUCCAGGCACAAAUGUAAAGAUGUCUGCUAUUAUUACAUUCAGACCUUAAACUGAUUCAAAUUGACUGAGCAAUUUCUAAUAGCCGUUUCCAUCUGACUCUCAAUAUACAAAAAUUAUAAAUGACAAGACACCAAAACAUUUUUCUGCCAAUCACUAUAUUCUUCAUUAAUAUUUUAAAAAAUAAGGAAUAAAAUAGAAACCACUUUAAAAGAUGAGGAAUACAAUUUUGUGUAAUGACAUUGGAAAAUUUCUUAGGAAUGCCUUUCGCAUGAAAAACAUACAUUUAAGUGUAGGCUACUAUACUUAAUGCAUCUUCAUUAUGUUUUGUUAAUCUGCACUUGUCAGUGCAGUUCAUAGUAAUUUGUUUCAAACCAUAUGGUCUCUAUAAUUACAUUUCCUCCAAUGACUUGUGGACGCUGAGAACUUUUUUAAGUAGUAUCAGAAGAUGGAUAGAGUAUCUGUCUACUUGCUUCUGGAUCACAACUUCAUAUCCACUGCUGGCAUAUUCUUGUUUUCCUCAGUUUAGUUAUAAAUACUAGAUCAAUUUGUAAAUGCUGUCUUAGACCAGAGUCAACUUUGCCAUUAGGUCUGAACUCUGAUCCUGGUUACUUGCUAAUGUAUGCUACAGUCUUUUCCAUGUUAAACUCUUCUAUCAUGGAGCAUCUUCCUCCUUUAGAUAGCUAUUAUCCUUUAACCUCAUUUGGUUCUAACUCCACAAAUAACCUUAUAACUCUGUAUCACCUCAAUCUCAAUUCCCUCUGCAAGCCCAGGUUCUGUGAUGAGCUAUCAUUCCAAAGAAUAAAGACUACCAAACAGCAGUAAAUUCAGUCCAACAUUAUUGUCCCCCUGUAGUCACUAUCAGAAACUUCUAACAUACAUAAUUAAUUAACAGUAAUCACCCUCCGGAUAAUCCCAGCCAAUGCACUAAUGCAAACGCAAAGAGACCUUAUUGCUCUGCCACUUCUGCACUCACACAAUGAAGUGCUACACAGUGGAAUCAGGCAACUUGGGAAUAGCCUGUGGCCCUCUACUUAAUGUUUUAUCAACUGCCACUUUACCACAAGUCUAUAAUGAGAAAUGCUUAUUGGGGUUCCUUGAUACCAACAACAACAA